GUCCACAUGUACUGCACCGAGCAGAAUCCUAAGAAAUAUUGUCAGUUGACCUUCAAAUCUGCGCCGAAGCCAUCGUCCAUGGCUCGACUCACUUGAGUUUUAUCUUUUGUCUUUCUCUGAAUGCCACGUGGUCAACUGAUAAUGACAUUAGUCUUCUUCACGGUCAUGUGACGGGGUGGUGUCUGUCUUAUCUUGGCCUGCGGCGGUGACUUGUGCGCGCAAGGGAUUUAGAUAACGCGUAAGCUGAGCACCUGAUGUCCGCACCGAGUCGAAUGAGCCGGCACGGUGCACAGUUAGGUCGGCGGACCGUUGUUCACGUCGUUCGCUGCGUGAGGUUCGUCGCUGCUAACUGUGUGUGUUGUUUGUUCGUUCGUUCGCUCCGUUCGGUGUGGGUCAUCAAGUGCGAAAGAAGGGGAGAAAAUAUCAACAUGUGUGACGAAGAGGUUGCCGCGCUCGUUGUCGACAAUGGAUCCGGUAUGUGCAAGGCCGGUUUCGCCGGAGACGAUGCCCCCCGUGCCGUCUUCCCGUCCAUCGUCGGACGCCCCCGUCACCAGGGUGUGAUGGUCGGUAUGGGCCAGAAGGACUCGUACGUCGGCGAUGAAGCCCAGAGCAAACGUGGUAUCCUGACCCUGAAGUACCCGAUCGAGCACGGUAUCGUCACGAACUGGGACGAUAUGGAGAAGAUCUGGCAUCACACAUUCUACAAUGAGCUGCGUGUCGCCCCGGAAGAGCACCCAGUUCUCCUGACAGAGGCCCCCCUGAACCCAAAGGCUAACCGCGAGAAGAUGACACAGAUCAUGUUCGAAACCUUCAACACACCGGCCAUGUACGUCGCCAUCCAGGCCGUACUCUCGCUGUACGCUUCCGGUCGUACCACCGGUAUCGUGCUCGAUUCCGGAGACGGUGUCUCCCACACAGUCCCCAUCUACGAGGGUUAUGCCCUGCCACACGCCAUCCUGCGUCUGGAUUUGGCCGGUCGCGAUCUGACCGAUUAUCUGAUGAAGAUCCUGACUGAACGUGGCUACUCGUUCACCACCACCGCCGAACGUGAAAUCGUUCGUGACAUCAAGGAAAAGCUGUGCUACGUCGCCCUGGACUUCGAACAGGAAAUGGCCACCGCUGCUUCCUCCUCCUCCCUCGAGAAGUCCUACGAACUUCCCGACGGACAGGUCAUCACCAUCGGAAACGAACGUUUCCGUUGCCCAGAAGCCCUCUUCCAGCCGUCGUUCCUGGGUAUGGAAGCCUGCGGUAUCCACGAAACCACAUACAACUCGAUCAUGAAGUGCGACGUCGACAUCCGAAAGGAUCUGUACGCCAACACAGUAUUAUCCGGCGGUACCACCAUGUACCCAGGAAUCGCCGACCGUAUGCAGAAGGAAAUCACCGCCCUGGCCCCAUCCACCAUGAAGAUCAAGAUCAUUGCCCCACCAGAGCGCAAAUACUCCGUCUGGAUCGGUGGAUCUAUCCUGGCCUCGCUAUCCACCUUCCAGCAGAUGUGGAUCUCCAAGCAGGAAUACGACGAGUCCGGCCCAUCCAUUGUCCACAGGAAGUGCUUCUAAGCAUCUCCCUAUCUUAUUAUUACUAAUUAUAACAACAACACAACACUCUUCAACCAACAACAAUGAAAAAUCAACAGCAACAGCAGCAUCAACAACAUCUCAACAAACAGCAACAGCGCAAAGUAAUGAUGAGACAAACAAAAAACGCGAGAGAGAGAUUACAAGAACAGCAACAACAACAGCAUCUUCAACCAAUUCCAGCAAGAAGUUGAAAAGACAUUAACAUUCGACAACUUAAAAUAAAAAGACAAUUCCUGUAUUAUUAUAAUAA